AUGGGCACCGUGCACUGGUUUAACCAUGACUAUAACUCUGCAGGAGUUGCCCUGGGAGUCGUUCUUCUAGCGUUUUUGCUUGCUCACAUACGAGCGCGAAUCCUGAACCCAUCCAGAUUGCCCGUUCUCAAUGACCGGAAAUGGUUCGAGUUCGGCUAUGGCAGAGCUACCAAGCGGUACAUUGAUGAUCCAGAGGGACUGAUACGGUCUGGGCUUAAGGACGCAGACGCAUUUUACCUGUGCACAGAGGCACACUGGCGCUUAAUCCUGAGCCCAAAAUACGCCGAUGUCAUUGGAGGUGAUAACAGAUUCGACUUGGGCCAAUUUGUAGGCGAGGACUUCCAUGCUGGGAUACCGGGAUUCGAGCCUCUCGCAAACAUUGCCCUAGAAUCGAAGAUUCUACAGACCGCGGUCAAAACAAAACUAUCACGCCAGACUCCCAAACUCGUCGGUCCACUCUCCACGGAAACCGGUUUAGCCCUGGACAGCAACUGGUCUACAAAACCCGACUGGCACACCGUCAACCUGAAAGACACAAUGGGCCAGAUCGUAGCACAAAUGGUAACCCGCGGAUUCCUCGGUGACGACGACCUAUGCCGGGACCCAUCCUGGCUCCAACUGAUCUACGACUUCCUGGAAGAUUCAUUCAUUGCUGCCCACAUUCUGCGGCGAUGGCCAAUGCCUACUCGACUCUUUGCAUCCUGGUUCCUGCCUAGCUGUCGCAAAGUCCGGGCCGAGCUCCGAGAAGUCAUAAAGCGCCUCGAGCCUCUGCUCGAGAAAGCGGAGGAUCCUGAUUCAGACUCCGAUGUAAAUGCGCUGAGCUGGGUGAAGGAUGCGAGUAAAGGGGAUGCUUAUGACUUUACGACAUUGCAGCUCACACUUGCGCUUGCUUCGCUUGAUACGUCUGCUGACCUUCUUGCGAAAGCGGUUUGCGAUAUCGCUGAGAAUCCGGAUCUGGUGCAGGACCUUCGGAAGGAAAUCAUUGAGGUUGUUGGGGGGGAGGGAAUGACUAAAUCAUCCCUGCAGAAGCUGUACCUUUUGGACAGUGCCAUGAAGGAAAGUCAAAGACUGAGACCGCUUGGCUAUAGCAACAUGGAGCGCUACGCAAAGGAAAAAGUCAUUCUCCCCGAUGGACUAAUCAUCCCCAAAGGAACGACAAUAAUGGUCUCAGCCUGCCACAUGAUGGACUCAUCCGUGUGGCCGAAUGGCGACAAAUACGACGGGUACCGAUUCGCAAAUCUACGCAAGAACGCGAAGAACUCUCUGACAAGCCCCUAUCAACUGACUUCCACGAGUGCGGAUCAUAUGGGCUUUGGACAUGGGAAGCAGGCGUGUCCCGGGAGACACUAUGCUGUUGUCUUUGGUAAAAUCUUGAUGUGCCAUCUUCUGCUGAAGUAUGAUUUUGAGGUCUCUUUGCCGGAACAAGGGCGCACUCAGCUGCGGGGGCAUAAUAUACUGCCGCAUUCGAAUAUCAAAAUUAAUAUUAAGCGACGGAAAGAGGAGAUUUCUUUGUGA